AAAAAAUAAAAACCCCGGUCAUGAACGAUAUUUAGAAUACCAUUCGAUUUGAGUGCGAGUACCAAAAUUUGCCUGCUACUGAAGUGAUUUCGUGAGAACCAUCGUUUUAUUUUUUCAUCGAACAUCGCCGCAACGAAGAAAUAAUGCACGUACGAUUGCGUGAAAUAGUGUAAAAACUGUGACAAAGCAAACAUGCCUCGUGUUAAAUAGUUAAUAGACGGUAAGUUUCAGUAGCAUUAAUGACUUGACAUAGAUUCUGUUGGCAAGACAGUGCUUAAAUACGACGCCAUUACUUACUGAGUUUACAUUCUUCUUUAAAAGCCGGAAUAAACAACUUGAAGAAUUACAAAGAUUAUCAAAAAAAUUGUGACAAUGAAUUUUUGGUUUAGUGCAUGCUUUUUCACAUCCUCGAAUUGGUCUUUCGUUUAUAUGUUUUACUGCUACAUGUAUCUCAGAUAUUCCAGGAUUACCUGAAAACGUAUGAAUAAAUAAAUAAUAAUAAGGUGUGAAAUGUUCAGCAAGCAACCGUGGACGAUAAUCCUACUCUUGUACGUUGGAUCAGCAGUGACCUAAUCGGCGCAAAACAACGAAUAUAAAUAUAGAGGCAAGACCGAUACAACGUAGAUAAGUCAUAAAAACGGAAGGUUGGUUUGGCUGGUUUGGCCAGCCGAAAUAUAGAGCUCCGUUUUUAAAACUUAUCUACGUUGUAUCGGUCUUGCCUCUAUAAAAAUAUAAGGGCUACCUCUUUUGAUCUUCCCUAAACUGAUAUCAAGGAACCACUUUCGUUUCAAGCCAAACCAUGAUAUGGUGCCCUCAUCUGCUUCAAUUAAUAUUCAGAGUUAUUCGUGUCACUACAAUCCCAAUUAAGACAUCUAAAUUCCCCAUUCUUAUACUCGCUUGUUUGUUUUCGUUAUGUGGUUAACCAUGAGUAUUAACAGCUCUCACGAAACCCCUGAUUCAUCCCCGAUUGUUGCUCUUGUCACAAAAAGUUAGUUGUUUGCAUAAAAUCGCCCAAUUAGCUUUUCAUCGUUAUAAAGCAAAUAAAAGUAAUUUCUGGUUGCAUUUCUGAAGCUGAACAUACCUUGUCAAGUCGGUAAUGUAUCGGGUAAAUCAACCGAGUAGGCACUCGGUACUAAUUAACGUUUCGUUGUAAUCAAUUUCGAAGUCACGAACAUUUGAAACUACGUUUUUGAGAGUUGUACUGAACAGGAAAGAAUUCUGCGUCGUUUUUGUGGGAUUUCUCGAUUUUUCAAUCCCUCAGUAUGCUAUUUUAAGCGAAUUUUUGGUCAUCAAGUCAAGAGAAGACCAGCUUCAACAGGACAGAAUACGAAAAUUUUCACCCAAUUAUCUGAGCACGCUGUUUAUAUACAUCAUGACUUCACAACCGUGGGGAACAAUAACUAAGCCGCCGUUUGAACUAGGAUACCAGAAACUAAGUGAGGAAGAAAUAGAAAGCAUGGUCGAACGAUUAAGUAGACCGAAAACAGCACCACAGGAAAGCAAAAGGCGACCGCGGCCGGCGAUCGAGAAACGAGAAUUGUCUAGUGACGACGUCAACGCAAUGCGCAAUCCAGAGUUUCUUAUGGGAUACCAAACGUUAUCCGAAGGGGAAAUUAACCAGAUGGUCGAUCGCCUGUACAUACCAGACUGGACAAAUCGAAAUGAACGGAAACAAGCGCCCAUUAACAGAACAACCAAGGUAGAAGUUCAUGAGAUGGAAGAUGACGACAUUGAGAAAAUGGUUGAAAGAUUGACCAAAGAUGGAGAAAAGAAAGCUACGGAUCGCAAUCGAACUGGAGCCAUGAAAGAACAAGGUGUUGUGAAUACUUACGCGUGGAAAGGAUGGAAUUAAGUGUUUUCACCUGAUUGC